AUGGGUUCUGGAAUCGCGCAAGUUUCAGCAAGCAGCGGACUCAAUGUGGUUUUGUCCGAUGUUAAACAAGAUUCGCUGGACAAAGCGAUGAAAUCAAUUAACAAAAGCUUAACAAGAAUUGCAAAGAAACAGAACGGAAGUGAUAAGGAAAAGGCAGAUUAUGUUACACUGACAAUGUCUCGUAUCAAAACCAGCACAAAUGUUUCAACAGCAGUUACUGAUGCCGAUUUAGUUAUCGAAGCAGCGAUCGAAAAUAUCGAAUUGAAGCGUGGUCUUUUCGCUCAAAUCGAACAGUCGGCUAAGAAAGAUGCCAUUCUUACAACCAAUACGUCUUCAUUGUCUCUCGAGGAUAUUGCUAAGGGCCUCGAUGAUAAAACUCGGUUCGGUGGUCUUCAUUUUUUCAAUCCAGUCCCUGUUAUGAAACUACUCGAGGUUAUUCGCUCGGAUCACACGUCUGAUGAAACGUUUGCCACUCUAAUCAAAUAUGGAACAGCAAUCGGAAAAACUACAGUUGCCUGCAAAGACAGUCCAGGAUUUAUCGUGAAUCGUUUGCUAAUUCCGUAUCUGUUCCAAGCUAUCAAGAUGUACGAGAGGGAGGAUGCAUCAAUGACGGACAUUGAUGCGGCGAUGAAACUAGGAGCAAGUCAUCCAAUGGGACCUUUCGAGUUGGCUGAUUACGUUGGUCUUGAUACGUGUAAAUUCAUCAUGGAUGGGUGGGCAGCUAAGUACCCGGACAAUCCAGCAUUUGCAGCGAGUCCACUGCUCGAUGCACUUGUUGCCGAGGGAAAACUCGGCAGAAAAACUAAGGAAGGGUUCUAUUCGUACAAGAAUACAAACAAACAAUGA